AUGCUACGUAUAUGGGCUAUAUUUUUAUUACUGGCAAGAUUGACUUUUGCUCAAGAUGUUAUCGUGAUACAACAAGAUAAUAAUAAUACAGCUACGAUUGCUAAUAUCCAGCCUAUUGCAGAUACCACUACUACCACAAUUAGAACAUUCUCUGCUGUCAUUGCUACAGCUUCUUUAACUUCGAUAGGAAAUGAUGAUGAUGCCGUAUCUACUACGCAAGAUCCCACAUCUAUUGAGCAGGAUACGACCACAUUUAUAGCGGGAGUCGAUACUUCGACCGAUGAAGACACUACCACUUCCCAAACAAGCAUUCAAGAAACAAGUCCAACGGACGUGGUACCGUUAGAAACUUCAACAUCUACCCCAAUAAUCUUACCCAUAAUAACAUCUUCAACUCCUAUUUCUCAAGAUUUUACUGAAGCUACACCUACAAGUAUAAUAAUAAUUACUCCACUCUCAUCUAGUACCGAAUCUACUACGACUCCAUAUCAACCAACAUCGAUGCUUACAGUUCCACCUGCUCCACCUUCAACUACAACCACAACUAUUACACCUACUUCUUCUAGUAGUACGUCUACAAGUACAUCAAGUACAAGUACAAGUACUUCAAGCAUCGAUACAUUACAAACAAACGAACUCCCAGAAACAUCUUCUGUUGAGCCAUUGAAUACAUUUCCUGCUACUGAGCCAACAACUACAACAACACUAGAAACUACAUCCACCUCAAGCUCCACCACUUCAACCGAACCAACAACAACUUCUUCGUCGACUCAAGAGCCUUUUAUAUCAAGUGAUUUUUUCCCAUUAGAACCAAUUUCUUCUACAGAAAUUGCUCCAAUUAUUUCUUCUUAUCAAGAUAUCGAAACAACAUCAAGUAUACCAAUUCCUGAAGAGUCCUCUACAACUUCUACAACUUCAAGUAUCGAAACUACUACACAAAUGCUACCAACAACAACAUCAGAGGAGAUUUAUAUUCCAUCUAGUUCGAUUCAAUUUGUUCCAACUAGUUCUACUGUUAUUGAGCCUUUAGUCCAAUCUUCCAUCGAAACUUUCGUAAGUUCUUCAACGUUACCAACAUCUUCACAAAUUAUUUAUAUCCCACCAAGUACAACAAGUUCUGAAAUACUUGAAAGUUCUUCUGAAUUUAUAAUGGUUCCUAACACCGUGACCCAAACUUCCAUUCCAAUUUCAUCAAUUACUAUUUCAACAAGUGCUACUAGUACUAUCCAACCAACAACAAAUAACUUAAUUGAACCUUCUUCAACAACAAUAAUUAUUAGUAGUCCACCACCAAGAACUACAAGUACUUUAGAGCCAUCUUCAUCAACAACUAUCAUGGUCUCCUCUUCUAUUAGAAUAUCAUCUUCAUCCGUUUUUUCAUCAUCAUCUUCAUCCGUUUUUUCAUCAUCAUCCUUUGAUGAUUUUUCGUCAUCAUCAUCCUAUGAUGAUUUUUCGUCAUCAUCAUCCUAUGAUGAUUUUUCGUCAUCAUCAUCUUUUGAUGAUUUCUCCUCUUCUUCCUAUUUCAAUUCAUCAUCUACUUCAUCAAACCCUACCACAAUGUAUUCAAUUACACCUUCUACAAAAGUAGAUAAUUUACAUCUUACUGUAACAAGUGUCAUUCAUGGACAAACAGUAGUUGCUGAUCAAUAUACGACAAUAACAUUAUCAUCAAAAGAAACUUCCACCGUGACUCCAAAGAGUACUCAAAAAAAGAAAGGUACUCUAUCCAAAAAAAAUAGAAAUAUUGUUAUUGGCUGCUGUGUAGGUAUUGGUUUGCCAUUAAUAAUUCUUACCAUCUUUUUAAUUAAUAUCUUCUGUUUACGUUCAAGGAAGACAGAUUUUAUUGAUUCUGAUGGUAAAAUUGUUACAGCUUAUUCAGAUACAAAUGUUGUUAAAGGUUGGAAAGAAUUAAUUGGUAAAAAAUCCGAACCUACUUUCCAGACUGAAAAGAUUCUAGAUGAUGGGAAUGAAUCAACUAAUUCGAUUAUGGAUGAUUCAAGCAAAGAUAUUACUAAUCCAAGUAGAAACAUUUUCAAUGAUCCCUAUACUAACCAAUAUAGUAACCCGAAUGGUAAUAAUUCUAAUAUUGAUCUUUCAGAAACUUUGCAAUUCUAUCCAAAAGAAUAUAAUACUGAUAAAUUAGAUAUAUCUGGUUACAUCAACUCAAGGGGUAGUUUUGUGUCAGUUUAUGAUACUACCAAUUCAUCUAAUGACUAUUCAAAUGAUUACACAAAUUCCAAUACGCAUUCGAGUUCUCAAACGAACUCCCACUCAGGAAUCUCAUCAUCAUCUCCUGGCUCAAGAGAUUAUUAUUAUGAUUCAAAUAAUUCAAUUUAUAAUGAUUCAAUUGAUUUAGAGAACUAUGAACCAACAAGAAAAUUAAGUAUUACAAAUCGUUGA